UUCUUGAAAUUGAGAUGCCUUUGAUAUGUUCGAUGAAUUGUCCCUUAAUAGAAAUGGAAGUAUUUGUUUAUUAGGCUUCAUUGCUGUUGCUAUUAAGUCUAAUUUGAUUCAAGAAUGCUACAGCCUACAGGUUUGAUGCUUCCUUCAUACAUUUGGAAUCCUCAAAUCUAUUUACUUAAAAACUUGGACUGUGGUUCUGAAAUAUGCCCUUUUUUAUUUAUUUAUUUGAGUGUUGGUGAAACCGCAUCCACUACCAGAAUGUGCAUUGAGUAAACUUUGCCUCGAGUCGAACUUGUAACCUUCUGGUUACCAAGUCACAUCCUGACCAACAUGGCUGAGGUUGCCUCUGAAAUAUGCCUUUUUCUUUCUUGGUUUCCUGGAUUAAUGGAAAAUAUGCUAUAGGAAUCAUGAUGAAGUUUAUAUUUGUCUAGUCUGAAGAUAGAAGUUUAAGUUAUAUUGGCUUAUAACAAAUUCAGUGGGGUGAGUUUAGUGAUUCGGCCAUUCUUGUUCUGCAUUUCAACUUGAAGUUAAUUUGUGAUGCAUUCAAAUUUCUUAGGAAUGAAUUGCUUGUUGGGAUCUGAUUACUUUAUACUAGUAAUAGUUUAGUAUAUUGAGAAAUUGUGGAUAUGUAAUGUGGGACCUUAUCUUUGUACAUCUACAAAAUAGUAACUUCUUUAGAUAUUUCUGUGAUUUAGCAACACACCGCCUCAGUUUAUGUUAGCCUCUUUUGAAGAGUGAUAGUUAGUGUUGUAUGCUGUUGAGGAUUUAAACCCGGAGAAUAUGCCGUGCAACCAUUAGGACUAAAUAGCAACAUCCGGUGAGUUUUCCUUACUGGUUCACUGCUUUGUCUAAAGACAUUUGGACGAGGUUGCUUGUCAGUUUGGAGAAUGUUAUCCUUAGACUUGCAGUUUAGCAGAUAAAUCCUGAUUUCUUCCGGGCAACUGCUUUGCUUAGUGGCGGACUGGCGGUUUGUUUAUCUGCAGUCGGGAUGCUUGUAUGUAGUCUUGAUGAUGGAACGAGGAUAGUUCUGCAUUUUCAUCCUUUAUUAUUUACCCUUUUGAUAAUAUAUGGAUGCUUAUCGCUGGAUCUCCUUAAGAUUAAUUUAGGACAUGGCAAAGGGAACCAGAGGAAGACGCAGGAUCACCUCACGACAGUGUAGGCCAACUCCAUACCCUUUGCCAUCUGUGAAUCAAUCAGGGGACCCAAUCCAAAAGAAAUGCUCUAAAAAGUUUAAGAAUGACUGGGAAGAUGCAACAUGUUCAGUAUGCAUGGAAUAUCCUCACAAUGCGGUUCUUCUCCUGUGCUCCUCCCACGACAAAGGCUGCCGCCCCUACAUGUGCGGAACUAGCUACCGUUAUUCAAAUUGCCUAGAUCAGUACCAGAAAGCUUACACGAAAGUUAAAUUACUAAAUCAAAGCCAAUCUCUUCAAAGUUCAAUCAAUAACCCAGCCCCUGCCCCUGCCCCUGCCCCGUUUUCUGAUUGGCCUGCUGAGAAAGGUGAGAUUACAGAGCUUGCAUGCCCACUCUGUCGUGGGCAAGUGAAAGGAUGGACUGUGGUUGAACCUGCACGUGCAUACCUGAAUGCUAAGAAACGUAGCUGCAUGCAGGAUGAGUGUUCAUUUGUAGGAAACUUUAAGGAGAUGCGCAAGCAUGUUAAGACAGAGCACCCUUCUGCUAAGCCUCGCGAAAUGGAUCCCCUCCUUGAACAGAAAUGGAGGCGGCUCGAGGGGGAAAGAGAGAGGGACGAUGUGAUCAGCACAAUAAGGUCGUCAAUGCCAGGAGCAGUUGUUUUCGGUGACUAUGUGAUAGAAGGAAGCCCGUUUGGUUUUGGCUCAGAGGAUGAGGAUGGAUUUGAGGUCGAUGUGAUGGACCGUAACGAAGGCUUUGGAGUGGGAAUCGAUGGCAACUUGAUUAAUGUCUUACGUUUUUUGCAGGCAUUUGGUUCAGCAGGUAAUAUUGGCUCAAAUAGAGGCUCGAGGCGGCAUGGUGGUAGUAGGGACCCAGCCCGUGCAUCAGGUGGAGGCACUGCUGGAUUAGAUCGCAACCUUCCAGUUUUCGACUACCCUGAUGAUGUAGACAGCGAUGGUAUUGGCAACGUAGUACAUGAAAACAGCACAUCACUAGUUGGGCGCCUUCGCCGCCAUGGUAGAGUCCUGUUGGGACGCUCCGGGAGGAGACGAAGGCGUACUGAGGACCCCGGAGGUCGAGGAUAGAUGUUAUUAUUAUUGUUGACAGUAUAAAUGAGAAGGAGAAGAAGAGGACAUUUUAGGGUCUUCUUAGUUUAGAUAUUCUGAAGAAACCAAACAAAAAAAAGGGGAUAUUUUUAACUUACCAUUUCAUUCACAUCAUCUGCAUCCCAUCAUUGAUGUUCAAUACAUGGAUUUGUAUGAUAUGAUGGCUUAGUAUCAUUGGAGGGUCCCAAAGAAAGGUGUUUCUUUGUGGUUUAUUUCUAUUUUUAUUUUUACAUUUGUUGCUGGUUCUCCUUCUCUGGCAACAUUUCACCUGUCAAUUUCACAAAAUGGAUGUAAUUUCUCUGUACAAUGCUUUUACUCUCU